AUGUGGCGUGUGUCUCCCUUUUCACGUUCCUUUCCUCGCCUUCUUCGCGUCGCUCCCGCCGCAUUUUUCUGUCUGUAUCUCGUGUCUUCGCCUUUGCUCUUCCCGUCCUGCGUCCUGCCCGAACGGCGCGCCUCCUCGCCUCCCCGCAGCUCGGCAUUCGCCCCGCGUUUCGCAGCUGCGCUCGAAGUCGCGUCCCCGCUUCCGGCCGGCGAGGACCAAACCCGCGUCUUGGAGCUGACGCCUAAUGACCUUCAGGUGCUCUUCGAAGUCGAGAAAGAAGGCGAUGGCCUGGACGGGAAGCCUCUUCUCUUCAUCGCGUUUGUCGCACCCUGGUGCGCGCACUGCCGCGCCCUCCACGGCCCGUUCCAGGACGCGGCAGAGGUGUACAGACACCACAUUCGCGCGCUGAGAAACAGUCGCGGCAACGCGCUCGCCGCCUUCCGGGCUCACGCCGCGCAGGCGGAAGAAGAAGCGGAGCGCCACGCGGCGGCGGCCGAGGCGAGGCUCUUGGCUCUGCAGCAGGACGCACGAGAAGAGGACGUCGUGCGAGCGGAAACGGACGCUGUGCAGGCGCGUCAAGCGGCUGCCGCUCUCAAGCGAAAGCUCGGCGAGGAGUGGAGGCGACUCGAGCACGAAGACGCACAGGGGAAAGACGCAUACCCGGACGUUCUUUUUGGCCGUUUCGACUGUUUUGCUUCGAAGGAAACGGAGGGCAUUUGUCGAGACGUUUUCGACGUGGACCGGUACCCCUCGAUUCUCCUGCUGCGUUCGCUCGCGGGCCUCGGCGCUCGCGCGCAGUCCUCUUCUCGAGAGCCGACAAAUGAGCAGGAAAGGUUCCGCGCCGCGCGCGUCGCGCAGUAUCCACUGCGACGCCCGCGAACGCCCGAGGCGAUCGUCGACUUCCUCCUCAAAGUGACGGCCGAUUAUCGCGGGGCCCCGGCCUCCGCCGCGUCUGUCGGCGACCGAGAAGGAAAUGGGUUCCUCGCGUGGAUAUCUCGGCGUCUAGAGGGCGAGGCCGUCCGGCUGGUGUCGGGAAGCGAAGAGUUGCGGCUUCUGCUGCGCCCUGCCUCGGCGGAUGUCCACGCCACGUCGGUGUCGUUUCUCCUGUGCAUCGACGCGCGGCGCCUGCGUGCGCAGAACGGCCCGGGACACGCCGGCGCGUGCGGGGGACCGCAGGCAAGGUGCGAUGCGAAGACGGCUGUCUCUCCACCUCUCGAGCAGGUGCAUGCAGCCAUCGACAUCUUCACGGGGCUGGCGAAGCGCGACCGCGGCGAGCGACACUUUGUCGUCGCUCUCGACCCUGCGCCGUGCACGCAGUUUCUCGGCGUGUUGCAACUCCAGCAGCUGUUUCACGGUCUCGCGGUUCACGGCCCAGACGGCCGAGAUGCCGCAGCGGCCUCCUUCGACAUCUCUGAGCUCCACCCCGCCCUCUCCGUGGCGGCUGUGCAGCCAGAGCUGCAUCUUCCCGACCCGGUUACGGACGCGCGCGACGUGGACGAGGGGGAGGAGGCGCCGGCGCAGGAAGACGCGGAGUCGCAGCGAACUUCCCGGCGGUUGGAAGCUCUUCAAGUCGUUCUGAGUGAAGUGUGGCGAGACCAAGUUAGGACACGGCUCCUGCGGCGUCAGCGCGAACAGACGUGCCGCAGAGAACCGCGGGAGAGAGGGAGGAGCGCGAGGUGUAGCGCCGGGGCCAGCGGCGGGGAGCGGGAGAGUUUCUGCUCGUCUCUGCUUCGUCUACCCGACGACGUGAGCUUGAUGCUGGCGCCGCUGUUCACGGGGCCUUUUGACACGACGGCGGACACGCCGGCUUCCUCCCCGCUCUCGACCUUUCUGCACGCCUUCCGCUCGCCCGUCAUGCCUCUCGUGUCGCAAGAGAACUUUCUGAAUCUACGAAGUUCGGACCGAACCCUCGUCCUGGUCGCCCUCGAUCUGCAUGCGCUCGACUGGAUGGGCGAGCUGAAUGCCGUCGCGCUCACUGCGCUGCUGCUGAAGACGCUGGUCCGCCUGAAGAGAGGGAAAUGGAGAGAAGAGCUCUUGCCGUCGUUCCGGGAGGGAGACGCAGAGAUCGAAGCCGCCGCGGAGGAGGCGCGGGAAGAGAGGCGCGACGGCGAGGACCAGCAGAGUGCCGUGCCGGAGGCGAUCGUGGAGCGAGACGAUUUGAUUCUCAACGCAGAUGAUGUGCUUCUCAUUGAUCCUUCGGCGGAUCCGCGACACUCGCCGCAUCCCGGCGCUUGGAAGCCGGUCGACAUCAACGAAAUGGAGACGCUUCUUCUUGUCGAGAAGAUCUGGAAGCUGACCAAGGUGGCCAGCUGUAUGUACACUGCCGAGAGACAGUUUGCGUCGCCUUUCUCUCGCCGUCCGUCCUUCUCAGGCGGCGUGCAUAAAGAGGAUGGCAGCCAGCGAACGUCUGCGUCGAUCGCCUCUUUCACUUUCGGCAUUGUCGACGGGCACAUGUUCUCCGAAUCCCUCGAAGAAUACGGUGUCUAUACACCCGGCGACCUGCCGGCGGUCAUCGCCUUUCCGCCUCCCCAAGGGAGCGACGAAUCGAAACGCCCGCGCGGAUAUGAAGAACGUGUACAUUUGGUGUAUCGAGACAAAGAACGUUUGACUCUUGACGCACUCUUCCGCGGUUUGCAUCUGCUUCUGACGGGCGAGCUGGACGCUCACGUUGAAGGCUCGUUCGAUGGCGAAGGUCGGGCUCCUGUUGUCCGCUUCCUUCUGCAUCGCUGGAAACACUUGAGAAGAUGGCUGAAGACUCUGCGCCGCGACGCCUCUCGCUCGUGGCCAGAUUUCCUUCGCAUCGUGUUGGGUUUCUGCGCCUUCGUUCUCAUGCUCCUCCUCACCGUCAUCCUGCUGAUCAGCACUGUAUGCUGUGGCGGAGGGUCAGAGGAUGACGACUCUAUCGACUCCUCAGACGAUGACUUAUCGACGGGCGAGGAGGAAGAGGACGAGGAAGACGACGAGGACGGAGAGACAGAGAAGAUACCUACUCUGGAGGAAGUCAAAAGAAGAGCGGAGCGCAUGCUGAGGAAGAGAAGGCGCCGAGUGGGAGCGAAGGAACGAAGCACUUAG